UUUGUAUGUGUCAUGGUGUGGAUAAGUGUGGGAAUUUUAUACUAUAGUGUUCAACUGAGUAAAUUCUAAAAUGAUGAACCCAUACCAGGAGAAAUACUCACAAUCAGAAAAUAUGAACUAAAUGUAAUUUCUACAUAUGUAUGUACUGACAAAGAUGAUACAGAUGAAGUCUCCAGUUUAUUAUGCAUAACAUUCAAAUUCUCAACUUUCAUGAUUUAAUCUGAGGUUUUCCUGUUUAGUGCCUUAUCGUCAUGGGAGAUUUAACAGGUUCAACAAGUUUCCUCCAUAUUGGAGACAUAGUUUCACUGUAUUCAGAAGGCCAUGUUAUGGGUUACCUUAGCACUUUGGGGUUGGUAGAUGACAGGUGUGUUGUCAACCCUGAGGCAGGGAACUUGACCACUCCACCAAAGAAAUUCCGUGAUUGUUUGUUUAAAAUGUGUCCAAUGAACCGUUACUCAGCCCAGAAGCAGUUCUGGAAGGCAGCCAAGCAAAGCAGCCCUUCACCUACUGAUGCUGUCUUACUGAAAAAGCUACAUCAUGCUGCAGAACUGGAGAAAAAACAGAAUGAUUCAGAAAACAAGAAGCUUAUAGGAACUGUGAUCCAGUAUGGUGGAGUUAUUCAGCUUCUACACAUUAAGAGCAACAAAUACUUGACUGUCAAUAAACGACUUCCUGCACUACUAGAGAAAAAUGCCAUGCGAGUGUACCUGGACUCCGCUGGAGAUGAAGGAUCAUGGUUUUAUAUUGUGCCUUUCUACAAACUACGUACUACAGGUGAUAAUGUUGUGGUGGGUGAUAAAGUGGUACUUACACCAGUCAACGCAGGACAGCCACUUCAUGCUAGUGCCCAUGAACUACCUGACAAUCCUGGUUGUAAGGAGGUGAAUGCAGUUAAUUCCAACACUAGCUGGAAAAUCUCUCUGUUCUUAGAGUACAAGGAGAAUAUGGAUGAUGUUUUGAAAGGGGGAGAGGUGGUGAGGUUGUUUCAUGCAGAACAAGAAAAGUUUCUAACUAUGGAUGAAUACAAGAAAAAACAAUUUGUUUUCUUGAGAUCUACAGGCAGAGCCACUGCCACAGCUGCCACCAGUUCAAAGGCAUUAUGGGAAGUUGAGGUAGUUCACCACGAUCCAUGUAGAGGAGGUGCUGGUCAUUGGAACAGCCUCUUUAGAUUUAAACACCUAGCAAGUGGUCACUAUCUGGCAGCUGAAGUAGAUGAUGAUCCAACAACAGACCCAAUGAGAUCUAAACUCCGAGGUCCACCUGUAAACCAAGUGUUCUGCUUAGUGGCUGUUCCAUUAUCUAAUGAUAUCGCUUCAAUUUUUGAGCUUGAUGCCACAACACUCACUAGAGGGGAUGAUCUUGUACCACAGUCUUCCUAUGUUCGUCUUCGCCACUUGUGCACCAACACGUGGGUACAUAGUACUACCAUUCCUGUUGAUAAAGAAGAAGAAAAACCAAUGAUGUGGAAGGUUGGAUGUGCAUCAGUAAAGGAAGAUAAAGAAGCCUUUGCUAUUGUACCUGUCUCAGCCACAGAAGUUCGAGACUUGGAUUUUGCAAAUGAUGCAUGCAAAGUUUUAGUUACCAUCUCCAGUAAUCUAGAAAAAGGUUCCAUCACUCAAAAUGAAAGAAGGUUUGUCACCCAGCUGAUGCAAGAACUAAUUUAUUUCAUUGCCUGUAAGGAGAAUGACCCCAAAAAACCUGAUCCUUUAGAACUUGUUGUUACACAGCCCAACAGAGAGAGACAGAAACUCCUAAGGGAACAGAACAUCUUGAAACAAUUAUUUAAGAUUCUUCAAGCUCCUUUCACUGAUUCUGGAGAUGGUCCAAUGCUGAAGAUUGAAGAGUUGAAUGAUCCUCGUCAUGCACCUUUUAAACACAUCUGUCGUUUGUGUUAUAGAAUUUUACGUCUAUCACAACAAGACUAUAGAAAAAACCAAGAGUACAUUGCCAAGUGGUUUGGUUUUAUGCAGAAACAAAUUGGUUAUGAUGUCCUUGCUGAGGAUACAAUCACUGCCUUGUUACACAGCAACCGUAAACUGUUAGAGAAGCAUAUCACUGCUGCAGAAAUUGAAACUUUUGUUAGUCUUGUGCGAAAAAACAUGGAAAGUCGAUUUCUGGUGUAUCUGUCUGACUUGUGUAUAUCUAACAAAGUGGCUAUUCCUACAACACAAGAACUCAUCUGUAAAGCGGUUCUCAGUCCCAAGAACUCUGACAUUCUCAUUGAAACACGCAUGGUCAGAACUCAAGUUGAGGUAGAAGUUGAGGUUGAAAGCUCAGAAGGACAAGUGGAACCAAUGAUAACAGUAGAAGAAGAAGAAGACAUUGUCUUGUUUUGGGAUGGUGGAAACAGAAGCAAAAGUAUCAGGGAACUAGCUUCUCGUGCAGCAGAAGGAAAUACAGAUGAUAUAAGCACUUUGGACUAUUACAGACACCAGCUUGAUUUAUUUUCUGGAAUGUGUCUAGAUAGACAGUAUCUUGCCAUCAACAACUUGUCAGCUCACCUAGACGCAGAUCUUAUACAGAAGUGUAUGGCUGAUGAGGCAUUGCCUUUUGACCUACGAGCAGCUUUCUGUCGACUGAUGCUUCACAUGCAUGUUGAUCGGGACCCACAGGAACAGAUAACUCCUGUGAAGUAUGCUCGUUUGUGGUCCGAUAUCCCUCGCAAGUUGUCCAUACAAGACUAUGAUUGUAAUAAGCAGCCAGAUUCCAACAAGGAAGAUGUGCGACAAAAGUUUCUGGCCACUAUCACCUUUGUUGAAGAUUAUCUUUGUAACGUAGUUGGCCAUAUGUGGUCAUUUGCAGACAGGGAGCAAAACAAACUCACUUUUGAAGUUGUGAAACUAGCAAGGGAGUUAAUCUACUUUGGAUUCUACAGUUUUAGUGAUUUACUUCGCCUAACAAAAACUCUUCUUAGUAUACUGGAUUGUGUUCCAGAGUCGGCUUUCAUCAAUGGUAAACUUCCAUCUGGGCAGCUGGAAGGACAAGGUGGUGUUUUGAAGUCUAUAGGUGACAUGGGUGCAGUAGUGACCAAUGUAGUUCUUGGGACAGCUGGUAUGAACAAACCAUUGGCAAGUGGCAUGGAGAAGAAGGGGUCGCUUAGUGGAGCAGAGGACACACUUGUCAUGGACACCAAGCUGAAAAUUAUAGAAAUACUUCAGUUCAUUCUUAAUGUCAGGCUUGACUACAGAAUCACUGGCUUGCUCUCAAUUUUUAAACGUGAGUUUGACGAAAGCCAUGGACAACAAGCUACUGAUGAGACUGUCACUAUUGGUGAAAAAGGUAUAAAUCUUGAACGAAUUGGUCAGCAAGCUGAAGACAUAUUUGGUGGAACUGACGACUAUUCAGAAGUAGACCUGGAUGGCCAGGGUGGCCGAACAUUUCUAAGAGUUCUUCUGCAUUUAACUAUGCAUGAUUAUCCUCCAUUGAUAUCUAGAGCUCUUCAACUUCUCUUCAGACACUUCAGUCAACGUCAGGAGGUACUUCAGGCUUUCAAACAGGUCCAGUUGUUGGUGUCAGGAAGUGAUGUAGAGAACUAUAAACAAAUAAAAACUGAUUUAGAUGAGUUAAGACUCUUGGUAGAAAAAUCAGAGCUUUGGGUAUAUAAAGCAAAAAGUGAUGAAGGUGGGGCAAAAAAGAAGAAAAAGAAAACGGAUAAUGAAACUGAUGGAGGAGGAGAUGAAAAGAAUGAACAGAAGAAAUCCAAAAAGAAAAGUGGAUUGAACCUUGGAGCAACACCAGCAACUGAAGGGUCAGCAAUAGAUCUGGACAUUGGUCCUCCACUUGACUCCUCUCAAUCUAAAAAUUACAAGACUAUUCAACAGAUACUACUAAGGUUGAUAAGGCUGUGUGUUCAGGAAACUCCAGGUGGUGCCAAGAAACCCCGUAAGCAUGAACAGAGGCUUCUUCGGAACAUGGGGGCUCAUUCAGUGGUUUUAGAAUUGUUGCAGAUACCAUGUGAUAAGAAAGAAGAUGUCCGUAUGAACGAGUUACUGAAGUUAGCUCAUGAAUUUCUUCAACACUUUUGUUUGGGGAACCAGGCUAACCAGGCACUCAUGCAUAAACAUAUAGAUCUCUUUCUAAAUCCUGGGUCCCAGCUAAAGCUCCUGGAUGCCCAGACAAUGCGCAGCAUUUUUCAAGACAAUGUAGCUUUGUGUAAUGAAGUCACUGAACAAGUAGUACAGCACUUUGUACAUUGUAUUGAGACCCAUGGUAGGCAUGUGCAGUAUAUCAAGUUUCUUCAAACUCUCGUAAAGGCUGAAGGUCAAAAUCCACAAUUCAUCCGAAAGUGCCAGGAUUUGGUGAUGCAAGAGCUAGUCAAUGCUGGAGAAGAUGUGCUGGUUUUUUAUAAUGACAAAGCCUCAUUUAGUCAAUUUGUGGAGAUGAUGAAGUCAGAACGUCAGAGGUUGGAUGAAGCAGGACCACUUCAGUACCACAUCAACCUGGUCAAAGUCCUUGCCCUCUGCACGGAAGGGAAGAAUGUGUUCACAGAAAUUAAAUGUCAUUCUUUGUUGUCACUAGAUGACAUUGUAAGGGUUGUAACCCAUCCAGACUGUCUUCCUGAAAUCAAAGAAGCCUACAUUGAUUUCCUUAGUCAUUGUUUCAUAGACACUGAAGUUGAAAUGAAAGAAAUAUACACCAGCAGUCACAUCUGGACCUUGUUUGAGAACUUCUUGAUUGACAUGGCUAUGGUGUGUAAUGCCACCCAUGAUCGUCGUCAUGCUGAUAUCCAGCUAGAGAACUACGUAACAUCAUCAGUCAUGAAUAUUAUUACCACGUUCUUCAGUUCACCUUUCUCUGACCAAAGCACCACUGUACAGACCCAUCAGCCUGUCUUUGUGCGGCUACUCCAAGGAGCUUUUAGGUUAUCCAAUUGUUCCUGGUUAAACUUGCAGCAAAGGAUGAAUGUGGAGAACUGCAUUAAAACUUUAUCUGAUACUGCAAAAAAUCGAGGUAUUGCUAUUCCUGUUGACCUCGAUACCCAAGUUGCUUCAAUGUUUAAUAAAAAUGCUGUCAUUGGAAAACACACCAGAGCAUGGCUUUCAGCUGCACGAGGUCCUCGCAGAGAUCCUUCUUCAUCUAGUUUAUUUCGUAAUGAACGCAGCAUCAUUGAAGGACUUCAGGACAUAGUGUCGUUACUGGAAGAUCAAUUGCACCCACUUGUUCAAUCUGAAUUAUCAGUUCUUGUAGACGUCCUGCAUCGACCGGAGUUGCUAUUUCCUCCGAGGACUGAGGCAUAUAAAAAGUGUGCAAAUGGAGGCUUUAUUUCCAAGUUAAUAGCACACACAGAAAGACUGUUAGAAGAAAAAGAAGAAAAACUGUGUAUCAGAGUUUUACAAACACUGAAAGAGAUGAUGUCCUUAGAUCCAGACUAUGGAGAAAAGAUCGAUCAAAAACUGCUGUCGCGCCGAGAACAAGAAGACCAGGCCAGGGGAGAAAGACUCCGUCAAACUUUACUAGUCCGCUACUUUGGCAAGUCUCCACAGAAGAAAGACACAAAUUCUGGACAAAAUAAGCAACAAACUACGACUCGAGCAAGCGUGAGUAGCUCUUCGCUGCAUGCUCCGGGUGGUCUCAUGCUAAGUCGAGCAGAAAUGACAUUGGCUGAAGUUCAGUGUCAUCUUGAUAAGGAAGGAGCUUCAAACUUGGUAAUAGAGCUGAUUAUGAGAAACCCAAGUCAGGCCAUCUUCGUAGAAAGUGUGGAACUAGGAAUAGCUCUUUUGGAGGGAGGAAACCCUGUAAUUCAGAAAUCCAUGCUGUACAAGCUAACCCAAGGCAACAUAUCAGAGAAGUUUUUCAAGGUGUUUUUUGACAAAAUGAAAGAAUCUCAACAAGAAAUCAAAGCUACAGUAACUGUAAAUACAGCUGAAAUUGCAGCGAGGACUGGUGAAGAUAGGGAGUUAUUGGGAAAAGAUUUAGGGAAAGAUGGAAGGAGAGUUAGAGCCUUGAAACAGAAUGGUGUUGUCAUGACCCAAGAACUUAAACAACAGUUGGAAGAUGCUGCCGAGGCUACAAGCAAGGCUUACGAUCAGGUCCGUCAGCUGGGGACUUCUCAGAAUCUUGCAUCGGAUGGUGAUCUGCUGUCCCCUGGCUCUGCUCCUGGUGCUUAUGCUGCCUUAGAAGAAAUCUUAGCAGAAAAGGCAGAGAAAGCUAAGGAUGCUGAGGAAAGUAAGCUUCCAGCUGAAGUGACUGUGAUGGGACCAAUCUUGAGAUACCUACAGCUCUUGUGUGAGAACCACAAUCUUGAAUUGCAGAAUUACCUGAGGAACCAGAACAAUAAGAACAACUAUAACCUGGUGUCUGAAACACUUAUGUUCUUAGAUUGUAUGUGUGGGAGUACCACUGGUGGGCUGGGUUUACUGGGGCUUUAUAUCAAUGAACAUAAUGUCAGCUUAGUUAAUCAGACUCUGGAGACAUUAACUGAAUACUGUCAAGGUCCUUGCCAUGAAAACCAGAACUGCAUAGCUAUGCAUGAGAGCAAUGGAAUUGACAUCAUCAUAGCUUUGAUCUUAAAUGACAUUAACCCACUUGGAAAGAAAAGGAUGGACCUGGUGUUGGAGUUAAAGAAUAAUGCAUCAAAGCUACUAUUGGCUAUAAUGGAAAGUCGGGCAGACAGUGAGAAUGCAGAAAGAAUCCUAUUUAACAUGAGUCCAAAACAGCUGGUUGAUGUAGCUUGUAAUGCCUACCACCAGGAGGAUAUUACUGAGGAGGAAGAAGAAGGAGAGGGUGAUGAUAAUGAUGAUGAUGGAGUUUCACCUAAGGAGGUGGGACAUAACCUUUACAUAUUAUGCCACCAGUUGGCCCAACACAACAAGGAACUGGCAGCCAUGUUAAAACCUAGUCCUAACGAUACCGAGUCAAAAAACAAUCAGGCCCUUCAGUAUUAUGCUAGUCACACUGCUCAAAUUGAGAUUGUUCGUCAUGAUCGAACCAUGGAACAGAUAGUUUUUCCUGUACCUCAGAUUUGUGAAUUUCUCACUAAAGAGAGUAAGCUGGAUGUGUUCCACACGGCUGAGAGAGAUGAGCAGGGCAGCAAGGUCUCAGACUUUUUUGAAAGAAGUGAAGACUUAUUUAGUGAAAUGAAGUGGCAAAAAAAACUUCGGGGUCAACCUCUUCUGUUUUGGGUGAGUCGGCACAUGUCAAUAUGGAGUACUGUGGCUUUCAAUUUAGCUGUCUUGAUCAACCUCAUUGUAGCAUUUUUCUAUCCCUUUUCUGAUCCCAAUGAACUUGGGCCACGAGCUUCUGGACUCAUCUGGGCAGCUAUGUUCAUCUCUCUAGCUACAGUGGUCACUUUACCUCGCCCAUCAGGCAUUCGUACUUUUGUUGGAGCUGUCAUCCUUCGUAUGAUCUACUCUCUAGGCUUACAACCAACUUUGUGGUUGCUGGGCACGGUCAAUAUGAUCAUGUCAUCAGUACAUCUAGUCAGUAUUAUGGGAAACAAUGGAACCUUUAACAAGACUUUCCGACAAAUACUAACGGAUAUAGAAUUAUUGUACCACGUAACUUACCUGUUUUUCUGUGUUCUAGGCCUGUGUAUGCAUCCAUUUUUCUAUGGUGUAUUGCUUUUAGAUGUAGUUUUUCAAGAAGAGACACUUCUCAAUGUUAUCAAAUCUGUGACACGAAAUGGGCGCUCUAUCAUUCUCACAGCCGUCCUUGCCCUCAUCCUAGUCUACCUCUUCUCCAUUAUUGGAUACAUCUUCUUCCGAGAUGACUUUCUAAUGGAAGUGGAUGAAAGAAUUGUGCCAGAACCAAAACCAAAGUUACCAGAAUUUGUAGCUAAACAUAAUCCACCAGUGGAAGUGGCAGACCUUCUACCUAAACCAGAAUUUUGUUCAUCUGAAGAAGUAACCAACUGUGAUAAAAAUACAACACCAAGAGACAACAAGUAUACAGCUCAUAAUAACCUAUCUGACCAUCUUCCAGUAGAGACAAACAAUUCUUCUGUCCUAGAUGUAUUAGAAGAAGAUAGUUUACAAGAGCCAGAAGUUGAGGGUGGAAAGGAAAGAGCAUGUGAUUCAAUGAUCAUGUGUAUUGUUACCACUUUAAACCAAGGGCUCAGGAAUGGUGGUGGAAUUGGAGACGUGCUUCGUGCUCCAAGUGCCAAGGAACCACUGUUUGCAGCACGGGUGGUUUACGAUAUGCUUUAUUUCUUCGUGGUCAUCAUCAUUGUUCUGAACCUCAUUUUUGGUGUGAUUAUCGACACCUUUGCCGACUUAAGGAGUGAGAAGCAACAGAAGGAAGAGAUCAUGAAAAAUACCUGUUUUAUUUGUGGCUUGGAAAGAGCAUCAUUUGACAAUAGGACUGUGUCAUUUGAGGAACACAUUCACUGUGAACACAACAUGUGGCACUAUUUGUACUUCAUUGUACUGGUGAAAGUGAAGGAUUCGACAGAGUUCACUGGUCCUGAAAGCUAUGUGGCUGCAAUGAUCAAAGAUAGGAAUCUAGACUGGUUUCCACGGAUGCGAGCUAUGUCCCUUACUGCUGAUGACGGAGAAGGGGAACAGAAUGAAAUGAGAACACUGCAGGCCCAGCUAGACUUGACACAAAAACUUGUAGCCACUCUUUCUCAGCAACUAACAGAACUAAGGGAUCAGAUGACAGAGCAGCGUAAACAGAAACAGCGACUUGGUUUACUGGGAGCACCACCUAUUGGGGCUUUGCCUAUCCACACUGUGUCUAGUCAGUGAACAAAUCUCACCUGAUCUUAAAGUGCAAGUUUGUUUGAUCUUAUGAAAUGUUUGAAAUACAUGUAUUGUACAUGGUAUAGAGCAUAUACAUCCUUCAUGUUCAAUAUGUUGGAGGUAGCAUUUACUCAGAAAACUGUAGAAAGUAGCUGUUAUGUAGAAAGUUGUUAGAAAAAUAUACUAAAAAGGUGGUUUGAAUAACAUUAACUAGAUUUAUUGUCAUUAAAAGUGCAUCAUUAGUGUACAGAGAGAACAUUUUCAUAACCAGUUCUGCUGUAAUAAGUUUACAAGUGAAUAUGAAAAAUCUGUUUGUAAACCGAGUAGCUACUUAUUUGAUACUUAUCAGUUGAAAAAUUUUUAUUUACUGUCUGAUGUACUUGAAAGCAAUUACUUGUGACGUUGCCACACAAGUAAUGUAUAAAAAUGUUAAACUUUGUAAGCUAGAAUAUGGAUUUAGAAUAGUGUACAUGUACCUAUUUUAUGCUUGUUUUAGUCAUUUUCAAUAGACAAACAAGUAAUAUAUUGUUAAAAACAUUAUUGAACAGAAGAAUUAGUUGCUGAUUUUUACAUUGUUAACACAAAUGUUUUCUCAUUAGUAUUAUUGUAAAAGAAGGAAUGAGUACAAUACAACAAUGUGUGUUUAUUAUUACUCUCAUUUCUUCAACAUAAUUUUUCUAGCGAAUUUAUGCUGUAUUUUGUUUAUCUAAAUGUUAACCUGUACGCAUACACAAACUCUUGGAGUUUUAUUAUAUAGUUGCAUCAUUUCCAAUGAUAUGUAAAUGAAACAUGCAGCCUUCAGAGUGCAUUUUUGUUCAUUAAAUAACUGCUGAUUAUUUAGAUGUUAGUUUAAAUAAGGUAAACAGUACUUAAAAUCAGUGAUAUGUGUUCAGUGUGUACAAGUAGCUUAUUGAAUUUAAAAAAAAAUUUGAUAGCAGAUUAAACUAUGAUUGACAUGUAGCAUAAAAAGAGGUUUUCUCUUUGUUUAAUAUGCCUUUAGAGAAGUAGUGUAUCCCCCAAGUAAGAGUUGUAAAGUUUGUUGUGAUCAUAGUGAAUUACUGCUAUAAUAAUAAUACACUAUUUUACUCUGUUAUUUUUCUGUUAGCUUUUGAAGGAUUAGAUUUUUAGCCCUAAAAGGAUGUAAAUAAUACAGUCAGAAUGAUGUGAUAAACUUUAUAUAGAUGCCAAACCACCAUUGAAACGUAAUUUCAGGGCACGGAUGUGAAAUGCUGAGAUGUUUUUAGUGAAGUAACGUUCUGAAUAACAGUUCUGUAUAUACGUGUACUCUCUGUGAACCAGACUUUUCUUGUUUUAUUCAACAGUGUAACUGAGCUGUGUGGACUGUAUUUUAUGAACUUCUUCACCCUAGCUUUGUCUUGAGAUAGCAUUUCAGAUUCCUUGAACCUUGUGAAGAACUUAAUAUAUAGCUGGAAUUGUUGUUUCAAGUUCAAAUCCUAGGAGAUGUCUAUGAAAUGCAGUUCACAUGUCAAAAACACUGCCUUAACUCUUCUUGAAAAAAGUGUGCCGAGGUUCUUGCUAAUUUUUUGUUGUUAUAUUAAAAAUAUUUACAAUAAGUGUUAGAUUAAAUUCUGAAUAAUCCUGUAGCUUUGAACAAGAUUCAUUGUAUAUUGUAGUGGAGAAUCUUGUGUAGAAAAUCUCGAAGUUUUUCCCCAUCAUAAGCUAAUUUUCAACAGCUGUGUGUAUCAGAAAAACAGUUAUUGUCCAGACAUAUUGCUUGGUCACAAGUCAGUGAAUCUAAUCUUAAUUUUUGCAAGCCCAAAAGUUGACACUUUAUUACAACAGAUGUAAUUGUAUUUUCCCAAAAACAGUUUUUCGUGACACAUUUAUCUUUAAUGUGCUUGCACUGUUCUUUUAACCUUAUAAGUGCACCUGUUCAUUCAUGUUCACUGCAAGAAAAAUUACCUCCAAGUGUCAGAAUACUUUUUUAGCAUUUUGAUUUUUCAAAACUUGAGUUGUUUGUAUUUUGUCUACAUUUUUAUGUGUGAGCUUUCAGACUAUUAAGUAUUAUGCAUAUAGAUGAAACAUUAAGGAACUGAAAGAAAUACCCUUGAAUGUGACAAGAUGUUUUUGAAAGUAAAUUACUUACAAGCAUAAUAGUUAUUGAAUUAGUUCAGCCUUUUCUUGUAUCAAACAUCUAUUUUAAAUAGAUGCACUUUAAAUUUCACUCCUUUUUUCUUCAGGCAUUGUUUUAUGGGUCCCUGAUCUUAAUAAUCAUUCAGUGAUUUUUGGUUUGAAAUGUCAUGGAAGAACAUAAGUAUGUCCAUUUAAUUUUAGAUUUUUUUUUGUUUGUGUUGUUUUAGAUCAGAAAUAUUCAUCUGUCUUUUUGUAGUUUUGGUAAGUUAUCACCUUGUGUGAUGGUAUUUUAACAUUUGUUAUAUUUUUUCUGUUAAUAGGAUUGUAUGUUAUGUUUGAUUUGUGUAAUUUUUAAACUGAUUAAUAUUUAAUGACUGAUGUUAAUAUUAUUUUCCUGGUGAUACUUUUGGAAACUUGGAUUUCCUAAUGCAUGGAGACUUUGUAACAAAGAGUUUAAUUAUUUGUUUCAGUCAUUUGGCUUUUAAUGGCCAAAACAAUUAUUAUUUUUCAUGGAGCAUCGUUAGUGAAGACAUACAAGGUCAGCUAUGGUGACCAUAAACAUACUAGUAUAUUUGUUCUGGAUAUAAAAAUUGUCAGUUAAAAGACAAAAUAUAGGUGUAGAAUUUUAGUAUAUUGUUUGAAUUAACAAAAUAAUUAAUAGCAUUAUUAUAUACUGUGGUUUAACUUUAGACACAUAAAAAAUGCAAGUGAUAAAUGAUACACUUAGAUUCACUCCCGUGUGUGUGUAUGCGAAUUUGAAGAAACUAAUAUAUAGUAUGAUAUGACAGAAAAGAUCAUAAAAUAUAAUGGAUGUGUUACUGAAGUUAAAUUUUCUGUGAAAUAACAUAUCUGUAUAUAGAUAUGAAACUAGGAGUCCGUGUUUUGUUUUCUUCUUUCCAACAGAUAUUUUCUGUUUCAGUAGUUUCUAAUCACAUUUAAUGACUCGUGUUAUUUAUGUUUGAUAUCGUGUUUAACAACUUGCAUGAGUAAUUUUAGGAUCAUUUUUUAACCUUGUUAUUUUUGUCUUGUUUUGUUUAGUACCAACAAAGUAUUUAGCUGCCAUUCCUUAUCAGUUAUUGUUGUGACUAUUUAAAUAGCCUACCUAGUAUACAGGUAACAUUAUUUGUGGGAGUUCUCUCAUAAUAUUUCAUUAGAUUAGAAUAAAAGCUCUCAAGAAGUAAAGACUCAUUCAGUGCCAAACUUACAUUGUUAUAUUGAAUGAAUUAUGCUUGAACAUUUUUCUUAGUUUGGGUGCUUGGUUUUUUCUGUUUUUUAUUACCUUGUAUUUUUUUAAGAAUCAAAUGUGUUUAAAAACUGUUGGAGAAAUGAACAAAAAAUCCAUUAUUUUAUCCAUUUAUUAUUAAAGUCUUGUUUUUAUCUGAAUGAUAAAAGUUUAUGAUAUCCACUUUAUAACUUAAAGAUAGUUUUUAGAUAGGAGGAGUCAUAUAAAAUUGUAUUAGCUUUGAAUUUAGUUUACUUGUAACAGUGACUUAGGAACACUUUUGUAUAAAAUGAAGAAUGUUAGGCUAGGCUUCCAUAUGGGUGAAGUGAGGAGUACAGUCCGUUGUGAGUGAGAUGUAUUUCAUGCAACCCAAGGUAAUGUUGGUGUCUUCUUAUAUAAGGAAUAAAUAUUGUACUGUGUGUAACCUAGUGGAUACUAUGCUGGUCUGUGAUUCUGUGGCUUGCACCUUGCUAUUCCCAAAAAAUAACUUUCUUUCUGUACAUUGGUACAUUUUAGAAGUGACAGUCAAAUCACUAUUUGGUUAAAGUAGCCUAAAACUAGACAAUGGUUGGUGUUGACUGGAUGUCUUCCCUUAAGUCGGUCACUUCAAAAUUAGGGAUGGCUAGUACAGAUAGCCCUGGAGUAGGUUUGCUUGAAAUUCAGACAAACAAAGAAAUCUAUAAUUGUCAUUAUUGUUAUGCUUUAUCUAAGUUAUUUAAUUUAAAAUAUUUUCUAAAUUAAUUGUGAAUUUUUAUUUUCUUUAACGUAUAUACUUUCUUUUCAGCUUAAGAAACUAAUAGUAGUAAUACCAUAGAACCUGCUUCAGGCUGUAGAAGAUAGUCACAAAAUUUUCAUAUUGAUAAAAAUGCUACAGGUCUUCCUUCAGGCUGUAUAAGGUAUUGCAGUAAAGUCACAAAAUUUGCAUCUUGAUUAUAAUUCAUAAUGAGAUUUAGUCCAGGCCUUAGUACAUAUUGUAGUAAAGUCACAAAAUUUGCAUCUUGAUUAUAAUUCAUAAUGGGAUGUAGUCCAGGCGUUAGUACAUAUUGUAGUAAAGUCACAAAAUUUGCAUCUUGAUUAUAAUUCAUAAUGAGAUUUAGUCCAGGCCUUAGUAUGUAUUGUAGUAAAAUCACAAAAUUUGCAUCUUGAUUAUAAUUCAUAAUGGGAUGUAGUCCAGGCCUUGGUACGUAUUAUAGUAAAGUCACAAAAUUUACAUCUUGAUUAUAAUUCAUAAUGGGAUUUAGUCCAGGCCUUAGUACGUAUUGUAGUAAAGCCAAAAAAAAUUGGAUAUUUGUUAGCAAUGCUACAGAAUUUACAUUAGACUUCAAAAAAGGAAGGUAUUGGUAGUAAAGCCAAAAAUUUGCGUAUGAGUUUAAAAAUAUAUAAUAAUCCUACAGUCCCAAUGCUCCAGAUAUUAUUAAUAAUUAAUAAGGAAAAUUAAGUCAGUGAUAGUUUGGAUUUGUCAUCAUGAAAGUUUAGCUCUAAAACAUCUGCAACAAAAACGAAAGUUAAAAACCAACCAAGAAUUUAGUUAUACAGAGAAACAGAAGUAUUAUAAUGUGUUACUGAAGGUUAGGGUAACUGUAUAUGAAACAUGCAUUAUUUAGUGUUGUAUAGAAGACCAAGUUGAAUAGCUUUACAAGGUGUUAUAUCUUUUGUAACUUAUCUACUAAGCUGUUACUGAUUAUUGAGAUAGCCCCUUGUCAUUAUAUAGCAUGAUAUAUAAUAUACAGAAUGUCACUUUGUUUCCUCAAGUUUUUUCCUUUGUUAAGUUAAAGUCAUUGUUCAUAGAUCUCUACCAAGGUAUCACCAGAUGACGUUGACAGCUUCCUAAACAAGAUACAGUACGAUGUCUGAGAAAUCUUUAACAUUGCCAUGUGAUAGUUUGACAUCCCCACAAACGUGUCAGACCUUGCUGAACAGACAUUCCCUAGAAAGUUAAAUAUCGUAUGGUACUCUAAUUACACAGCUGGAAAAUAAAGUGUCUAAACCUUUCUCUGAACUGUCCAGUCAACUUCUUGAACCUUGCUCCGAAAGUAUCAAACAUGUCACGAAGGAACUUAACAUUAAAUCCUGUUAUUUUUGUCCGAUACACAGUAUAUCUUUUACUGAAAGUUCGGAAAGAAACAUAUAUUUUCUUUUCUUCUUUGAUGGUCCUCUGUUUAUUUUGUAUUGUUCAAACAUUACUAGAUGUUUCCUAUCAAAAAUGCAUCUGAUAUUUGUUUCUCAGAAUGUAAAUUUAAACUUCUAGAAAAUUAUCUUCACUUCAUAAUAGCUUUGUCACUCUUAUUAUUAUUAUUAUUUUACUUCUGAUUGUUAAACCAUUUUUAUUUAGACUUAAUAUAAUCAUUUAUAUAAAAUAAAAUUGAUUGAAAAAAUAAUUUUAUUGAUUUCAGCAUUGUAACCCGAAGUACUCUCAACAUAUUCUGUCAAAUUGUAACGAAGUAAAAUAAUAUAUAAAAUUUAUCAUUUAUUCACUGAACAAAUCUGGAGUGUUCUGAAAAUUAAUUUUUUUCGACUUUUUGAUUAUAAAUAUAAAGAGCAAUGAAAGAUUUUGUUGUCACCUUCACUGUUUGAAAACAUGUUCUGAAAAAUAACCAUCAAAACAUCAGUUUUCUAUUUAUGAAAAUAUUAACUAUGUUAUGAAUGAUUAUUUCUAUCGAAAAUACAUCCUGAUAACUUAAGGCUGUGUUUCAUGAGACAUAAGUGUGUUUUCAUUAUGAUUUUUUUUAUAAUUUUUCACUUUUUGUGAAAAACUUGGAUAUUUUAAUUUGAAAAAAAAAAAUCUUGCAUUAUUAUUACUAGUGCAUCAUGUUCCAAAAUAUAGAUUUGUUUUUGGUUUGAGUCUGAUCUAAAAUCAAUUUUGACAUUAACAUUUUGUUUUAAUAUAUUUCUCUUCAUGGUGUUUGUUCAUUAUUCAUAUAAAUUCGAUAGAGUAUUGUUGUUGUUUUUCCUUAGCAUCUUAUGUUAUUAUUGUAAUAUGAUUUAAAAAAAAAAUAUAUGAUUGUUACUUUUGGUGUUUUUCUGUACAUUGUUAAUUUGCUGGUUGUUUCUUAUUAUUUUUCUAUCUUGAAAUUUAAAAUAUUGGAAUUUAUCAUUAUUGUUAACUGUUCCAAAAAUCUGAAGCCUUGACAGACACUGUAACUUGUAGGCUAUUACUAAUUAUAUCAUUCCAGUUUUUCUUUAUUAUUUUUUGUCUUUUGAUAUAGAAAACCCUUUCCUAAUUACUAUUUUUGUAUGCCAUCUUUUUAUUAUUACUAUUCCAUCUUUAAAAUCUAAAACUUUUGUAAUUUAGCACUUGGAGUUACUAGUGAUGCCUCUGGUACUUCUAAACUUUCCAAUUUUUACGUUUUUCUCAUCUUCCGUUCUUCUAAGCCUAAUAUUAGCUACACUGUUUGCGUUAAUGAAUGCCUAAAAGGAGUAGUAAUCUGUAACGUAUACUUGCUGUUGUCUUCUGUUCGUAAUGAUUGAAAGCAAAUUGAUUUGAAACUGUUUACACGAGAUGACUUGUAAAAAUUCAUUUUUACACAGUGUUGAAACUUGUUUGUUUUUCUAAUGCUUUAUUCAUACUCGAAGGUUAACACUACUUUCAGAAACGUUAGUACUGAUAUUAACCGUUUUAUGAAGUGGUGCCUUGAAAAUACAUGAAACUUCUAGGUUUAGUUUAACCUUUAUUACUUACUAUGCCACCUGUUAUUAUUUUUAUGAUGCAAGUGUUGUUGUUUUUUACUUUUUCAUUGUACAUUAAGUCAUUUUAAUUCGUGCUUUGCCUUUGCGUAGGACUUUAUAUCAUUUUAUAAGUUUUUUGUUGUUGUUGUUGUUCAUGGAGAUUAAUACGAAGAUAUUUUAACUUUGUUCAUUUCUUCUAAAAAGAUAUAUGUUCGGCUGAAAUUUCGAUACUGUAACAAAAAACUGUUUUUUAUCGUUUUAGCGCCAUCUGUGUUUUAAAGAAAUAAGAAACUUGUGUUUUGUUUUACCAUUCUCAGCUUUUUGAUUUGCUGUUCUGUUUUGCUGUGUACAUGUUCAGAGCGAUUUCUUUUAUUUUUCUAUUGUAACAUUGUUAUUUUUAUGUGGCUAAGUUUAUCUCGCUAUAAGAAUAAAAGUUACAAUAAAUGGCGCUAAUCUGCAAUAUUAAGUUCAUUAAUUCCUCAGGUUUUCUGUAAUUAACAACUAGGCCAAAUGGUUUCUUUGUAGGUGUGUAAUGCAAAAUAUGAAUUCAUAAUUUGUUGUCGAGAGUAUCUCAAGUGAAAUACUGAAACGUGUCAUCAGCCACACACUAUUAUUAUAUAUGUUUGUGACAGUUUUGGAGAUUAUUAUACCAGUCAGUUACGAUAGUACGUAAACUACGAGUGUAAGUAUUGUAAUGUUUUCAAGAAUAAACAGCUUAAAAAUCGUAAUAGAAUUUUUUCGUGCAUAAUGAAGUACUUGCAUGUUUCCUUGUCGAACUAGACUCAGUGUAGUAUAUAGCGUUGUUUGUGCAGAACUGUAACUUGUACAGAUUAUAGUACGAUGGAUAAAAGUUGGUAGUUUUCCUUUCAUUUUUCAAAUUUUGUAACGUAUUUUGAAACAAGUUCUUCAUAAAUAAAUCUUGUAAUCAUGCA